ACCAAACAAAAAUAGUUUCAUUUUUGAUGGGCCUGCAAAGCCUACACUUGUGCUUGUCAUCAUAUGGUUUUUGUUAUUCCUAACUAACGUUGAAUUUCAGUGUCAUCUAUUUUGGAGUAGAGUCAAAUUAAUCUGCUUAGGAAAGGAAUAAAAUGGUUAGAUCUGGUGAGCAGCUAUUUAGAAAAUGGAGGUCAAAAACGCCUCUUAACCAGUAGGUUCUGUUGGAUUGAUAAAUCGAUGAAAUGAAGAGUAGCAGUGCUGUAACUUCCCGGAUUUUUUUGAGCUAAUAAUAAUGCCCACUUGUUCAACCUAAUCAUGGCUCACUUACUCCAACUCUGUCUCCACUAACCUCGUCUGUUUAUUGAGUUCUCUUAUUCAAGAACCAACUGUUUACUCAAAAUGCUGACUGCAAGUAAAUUCCCUAAUUAAUUCUUAUCCAUAAUGCCAACACUGCUUUUUUCACAUCUUUAUAAGCAUGGGACUUUUUCAACUAUGAUCACCACUUUUUAUCUCAUAACAGGUGCUACUCUGUAUCCAUGGCUUCCCGUUGCAUGUGGAUUUGGGUGUUCAUAUUGGUUGCCUUCUGCAACAGAGUUCAAUGCCAAAGACCGUUUGACAAGAGUGUUAUUGCCAACGUUGUAAUCCAUGGCGAUUCUGCUAUAGCGGAGACAGACAAUGAUUUCAUAUGUGCAACACUAGACUGGUGGCCUCCGGAGAAAUGUGACUAUGGGACUUGCAGCUGGGGCGAGGCUUCUAUGCUUAAUUUGGAUCUUGAAAGCCCGUUGCUGGCAAAUGCUGUAAAGGCUUUUGAUCCAUUGAAAUUAAGAUUGGGUGGAUCAUUGCAAGACCAAGUCAUAUAUGAUGUUGGAGACUUGAAGCAGCCUUGCCAUCCUUUUGUGAAGAAUAAUUCUUCUAUGUUUGGAUUCAUGGGUGGAUGCCUGCACAUGUCAAGAUGGGAUGCCUUGAAUUCAUUUUUCAAGAAAACAAGGGCUGUAGUAGCAUUUGGAUUGAAUGCCUUAAUUGGAAGACACAACACAUCACAAUCUGUUACGGAAGGACCAUGGGAUUCAAGGAAUGCUCACGAUUUUAUUCAGUAUACAGUUGAUCGUGGCUACAAGAUAAGUGCAUGGGAAUUAGGAAACGAGCUCUGUGGAAGUGGUGUUGGGACAAGUGUCAAUGCAACGCAAUAUGCUGCUGAUGUCACUGUGCUAAAUAGGGUUCUGAAAGAGAUUUAUAAGGGUCAUAAAGAGAAACCCCUCCUUGUUGCACCUGGUGGUUAUUUUGAUGCUGACUGGUUCAAGGAAUUUCUUCAAGCAUCUGGAACUAAUAUUGUGAAUGUUGUUACACACCACAUCUACAAUCUUGGGCCAGGUGUGGAUCCAAAUCUUGUGGAGAAGAUUCUAGAUCCAUCUUAUCUUAGCAGAUUCGAGUCUACCUUUAAAAGUCUCAAAACCAUUGUGGAAAAUUAUGGACCUUGGUCAAGUGCUUGGGUUGGUGAAGCAGGCGGAGCUUAUAACAGCGGACACAAUCUUGUCAGCAAUGCUUUUGUCUAUAGUUUUUGGUAUUUAGAUCAGCUAGGAAUGGCAUCCAAAUUCAAUACCAAGUCAUACUGCAGGCAAAGCUUGAUUGGGGGUAACUAUGGCCUAUUAAACACUACAACUUAUGUGCCAAAUCCUGAUUAUUACAGUGCACUUCUUUGGCACAAAUUAAUGGGAAGGCGUGUUCUUUCAAUAAGUUCCAAGGGAUCACACUAUCUCCGUGCUUAUGCACAUUGUACAAAGAAAGCUAGGGGAGUCACUUUACUCCUUAUCAACCUAAGCAAAUCCACUCGCAUCUUUGUGCCGUUAUCCAGAACAAACAAGAAUAUUGGUUUGAAUCUCAUUGGGGAUGAUGAUUUGGAAAAGGAAGGCAGAAGAUCUAGGAUGGAGUAUCACUUAACAGCAAAAGAUCUUAAUCUGCACAGCCAGACUAUGCUUCUCAAUGGAAAAGCUCUGGAACUAACUUCUGAUGGAAAUAUACCAUCUUUAGAACCAGUAGAAAUUAAUGCUCGGGAACCUAUUUCUCUAGCCCCUCUCUCUAUCGCAUUUGUGACUCUUCCAUUUGUUCAACUCCCUGCUUGUAGCAGUGGGGGAGUUGAUUAUUGGAAGCUUCAGCACUAGCUGAUUCAUUCAUUACUAUUAGAGUUCAAUUAUUUGAAUAUUUUUUUCAAUAAAUAUUAGGGAAUUGCAUGCCAUCUUUAUCCAUAAAAGGUCAUGGAAAAGAAGCUGGCAUGUAGAUGAUAUAUUGUAUUUUAUAGAAAUAGACUUUAAUGUUGAGAUCAGUUUCUUUAUUGCC